UGUGCGGCGACAACAAUUGAACAUGUUUCAUUAAAUGUGAAGUUUGGUGUGGGUGGAGAUGAGGGCGUAGGUGGAACGUGCUGCGAUGUCUUCACCUAAUUAGCAUUGAAGGCGGGUCGGCAAAAAUGCAAGCAAUAAGCAAAAAGCAGAAAGAGGCCUGAAACUGAGUAUCCUUAAUUGAAGUGCCACAGGAUUAGGAUCCGUCCAAUUCGAGAAAAACCAACCAAAACCCAAAAAAGGGAUGAUGGCACGUGCUAACCAGAAGCCGACAAGUUUUUGUGCUUCGGUGGGCGCAAUCUUUAAUUUAAAUGCCAGCCAUCUUCACGUUUAUCAGAUUAUUUGCGACAAACACUGUAGAUAUAUGUACGUGUACUCCGAACGUAUAGGGGGCUGUAAAUGUGUGGACUGUGAUUAGCAGGAUAAUGAGGAUGUUUCGCCCACUGACCCGGGAAUCUGAUCUUCCGGCUGGUCUGACACACUUACAGUUUUGUUUUUAUGGAAUUUUUGGCACUUUUUGGUACCAUAAAUUGUUUGAAAUUGUGAUUAUGUUAAGAAUGUAGGGUUUACUGUUUGAAUUUUUAUGAAAAAUAUUGAGUAAAUUAGCUAAGAAAGUAAUUUCUGGAACGUUUACUAAUAAUCAUAGAACUCCUGUAAUUUAGUAUUUAUGUUUAGCAAUAAACAAAUUCCCAUUAAGACGAGAAGAGUUUUUCCCUCUGAUUUGUUGUAAAAUAUUUAACAUUCGCUUAUCGGUAAUGAAGUGUUUAUGAGAGGUAUAUAUGAGUUCGGUUUGCCAGGAUAUUGCGUUUCCCUGUGCUAACCUGAAGCUGUUGACUCAAUUACACGGCGUUUGCCAUGCAAUUUGCGCCCUCCCCCCCCUACCCAAAACACUCACAUCGCAAUUUUCAUUUUCAUUUUGGCCAGGUUUUCAUGAAAAUAUUUUGCAUUUGCAGCAUCCGGCGCGACAGGCUGUCUCACUUCCACAUUCACAUUCACCCAAGUGAAGACUAAAUAAGGAGAAAGAAAAAGUACGAAAAAAAUAAAGGCUCGUAAAAGGGCGCGCUACAACAACAAUAACAACAUUUUAUGACGGUUACAUAAUAACAUUGGAAACAACGCCCAUAACACCCAGACAACCGAAGGCGUGCAGAAGGGGAUGCAAAUUACGUGGCACAUGAAGCGUCAAAGCGUUUGAUUUGAUUGUCAGCGGCAGAAAAGAAGUGUUCGUUUACCGUUGGAGUUUACACCUCCAACGACUGACUCUCUCUCUCGCUCUGUGUGUGUUUGCGUGUGUGUUUGUGCUUGCAACACAUUGCGUCUGGGGCUGAUUGAUUGAUUGACAGAUUGGCCAGAGGUCGGAGGUCAGCAGCAGCAGCAGCAGCAGCAGCAUCAUCAUAAUGAACAAGAAGUCGCCACUGCCGCUGGCGGCUUUUCUCGGCAGUGACGGCAGCGGCGGCAGCGGAAACUGUGCCGCCAGCGGCAGCAGUAAUGUUGCAGCAACGGCAGCUUCGGCAGCAAAUGGUUCCGGCGGACGUAGCGGUCGACAGACGUCGGCUGGUGGAUCGUCCUCCGGUAGUGGAGCCUCCAAGUCAGAAAAGCAAGCGGGACGAGAAGCGGGCGGCGGAGGUGGCAGUCUAUGCGGUUGCCAAAAGGCUCCCAAAUCGCACUGCAUAUCAGCAACAGGCGUGCUUCUGUUGGUAUUGCUCUACACAGCCAUGGGAUCCAUAGUCUUUGUGACCCUCGAGGGUGAACUGGAAGAUGGUGGAACCCUGGAAACCGCUGUGGCUGCCUCGAAGCCCUAUCCCCGCACUGAACUAGCUAAUGCCGAAAUACGAUCAAGAACGGUUGAUCGCUUGUGGUCGAUAACGGAGGACCUGAAUAUAUUGUACAAGGAGAACUGGACACGCCUUGCCGCCCAGGAGGUGCAGCUUUUCCAGGACACUUUGCUGCGGGCGGUGCGUCAGUCGAAGGUUUAUCCCCCCGGCGGCAUCCAGCUGAAUGCACCCACACACAAAUGGACCUAUGCCUCUGCCUUUCUCUACUCCCUGACAUUAAUUACGACGAUAGGCUAUGGAGGCAUUUCUCCCCGGACGCAGUGGGGUCGUGUGGCGGCUCUUGUGUACGCACUGUUCGGGAUUCCCAUCGUCUUGCUCUACCUGUCCGCCAUGGGCGAGGCUCUGUCGGCGGGAAUGCGCUGUCUGUUCCGGCGCCAGAGGGUUAAGGGUGGUCCGGGUGGAGGACCAAAUGGUGGCGCUUCCGGUGGCGUGGGUUCAGGAGCCGGAGUCAGCGGUAGUGGAAGGAAGACGGACAAGACCAAAGGCCAGGGGCACUAUGCCCAUCAGAAACUGCAUCAAUACGGAUUGCCGCCAUCUGUAUACCAACAGCAGCAGGCGCAACAGCAGGCACAACAGCAGCAGGCGCAGCAACAGCAGGCACAGCAGCAACAGACGCAGCAGGGCAAGAAAUCCUCGGGCAAUCGCCGCGGUUCACCUAGUGUUCCCAUCUCUAUCUGCGUGUGCGUUUUACUCUGCUAUGUGAGUAGCGGUGCCAUUCUCUUUCAUAAGCUUCAGAACUGGAGUGUCCUGGAGUCCCUAUACUUUUGCUUCACGUCGUUGGGAACCAUUGGAUUUGGUGAAAUGGCUCCUAACGGUGCUGUUGCUCUUUAUACGGCCUCUGCUUAUAUCCUGGUUGGAAUGGCCGUGGUGGCCAUGUGCUUCAGUCUGAUCCAGACGGAAAUUGUCCUGUGGCUGCGCAGGUUCAGUGUGCAAGAUCAUGUUAUGCCCAAGGCCGAGGAGUUAGCUCUCGUCACCGUGGCAGUCACACCGAAACCCUCCUGACAGCGACCCAGUGCGGAUCCCAAUCUGGGAGUGGGUGUGGGCUUGGCUGGCGGCCUAGGGCAGCCGCAAAAUAAUCUGGGCCAGCAUCAGACCAUGUUCUUUGGUCCAGCUCACACUCUGACGCAGUACAGUUCGCUGCCGCGAAGAAGUCACCUGCAGGCGGCAAACAAUUCUGGCGGAGGAUCCGCAUUUCAGCGAAACACGCCCAUCCGGCGAUCGACGGGCAUACCGGAACACCAUCUGGAAUACUUUGUGCCACGCAGCAUCAGUGAGUUUAAUCUGUCGGGCGUGGGUGAUCUGGCCCUGCCACCACCCCGCCGAUAUUCACCCAAUAUGGUUGGUGGUGGUGGUGGUAUGACUAUGGGUGGCAUGGGCAUGAAUGUAGGCAUGGGCAUGAAUAUGGGCAUGGGCAUGGGUUUGCCACAUGGCCUGCAGUUGGGUCCACCCCAAACGCUGCUCUGCUCAGCCACGCCCACCGUGCAACAACAACAACAACAACAACAGCCGCCACCACCGCCAGCUCAGUUGCAAAUUGUGACCCUAAAACCGCGCAGCGAGAAGAUGGUGACCUUUGAAGAUGAGUCGAAGCAAGCAGUUGGAGGUGGCGGCGCUUCUGGUUCUGGAACGCCACCGCAUUGUCCACACGGUGUGCCCACAACUCCACGAAAAUCGCCUGCAGUUGGUGAUAUAUUCAUGUGACCAGGACCCCAGGACGAGGCUGCCCAACUGGAUGCGGCAAUGCGACUGCGCGACAGCAUCGACGAUGCACUGUGUCCGAAAGCUGGACCGGCACCAGGCGAAGUGAUACGUGUCUAAAGGCCCAGAAGUAAAUUCCUACACUAAAACCACACACACACACUGUAAGUAAAUGCACCACACACAAACACACACACACGUACAUACAUAAAUGAAAACGUAACUCUUCCCAAAAAAAAAGAAGAAAAAGAAGAAAACGAAAAACCAAAUGAAAAGUAUAGCCUACUCUUGAGGGCCACAAUGCUCGACUUGAAGUUCAUCGUGUUUUUCAGCAUACAAGUAUAAAUAAAACAUUGAGCAAAUA